UUGUCACUUUUGCCCAAAUGUCAAAAUCAUUAUCUUUGUCAUAAUUGGUAAUUGUUCGUUUGCUGCUCUUCUGCUCCGAAAAUCCUCGUUGUUUUUACAUGUGCGCGACUCUUGGGGAGAAAAAACUUUGAAAAAAUAAUUAAAAACAGCAAGAUAAAAUGACGAAGAAAAUAAAGCAUUUGGUUGUUGACACAACCGCUUUCAUCAAAGCAGCUAAUCUACAGGAUUUAGCCGAGAACGUGUAUACCAUUCAAGAGGUUAUCGACGAAAUAACUAAUGAUCGUCAACGAAGAAAACUGGUUGUGCUGCCUUACGACUUGCAGACCAAGGAUGUCUUCGUGGAAAACGUUAAAUUUAUAACUGACUUCGCAAAGAAAACCGGUGACUAUACGAGUCUCUCAGCAACAGAUAUCAAAGUGAUGGCUCUUACUUACCAAAUCGAAAAAGAGAAGGUAGGUAUAGAUCAUCUUAAAACAGAACCGACCAUGCAGAAAACCGUUAAAGUGACAGGCAUUGGAGGCUUUACUUUGCAUCCUCAAAUCCAUAACAACAAUCUUGAAGAAAAUACCCCGGAAGUAGAUUUAAAUAAAGUAAGUGAUGGAUCUGCAAACACAUCACAAGUUAAUAUUGAAAGCAAGCAAGGUUUAACUGAAUCAGUAAAGAUUGAUGAAGAAGAUGACAAAUUAGCAAAUGAAAUAGCUGAGCAAAUUCAAAACAUGGACUUGGCAGAUGGCAAAGAUGUUGAUAAUUUAAUCGCAAAAGUAUCAGAUGAAGAAGAAGACAAUGAUGAAACAAGCGAAAGUGAAGGAGAUAGUGAUGGAGGAGAAUGGAUUACACCUGGAAAUUUGUCUGAGAAGAAACGAGAAAUGGAAGCUGGGGAAUUUGAGGACAAGGAUGUGGAAGUGGCAUGUAUCACAUCAGACUUUGCCAUGCAGAAUGUACUCAAACAAAUUGGUUUGAAUGUCACUGCAGUAGAUGGGAGGGUUAUCAGACAAUUGAGGACAUUUAUUUUUCGCUGCACAACCUGCUUCAAAACAACUAGUGUUAUGACUAAAUUAUUUUGUCCUAAAUGUGGUCAUGCUACAUUAAAAAAAGUUGGUGUGAGCAUAGACGAGGAGGGAAACCAACACAUACACAUAAAUGGUCGUAAACCAUUAACAGCCAGAGGGAAAAGGUUCAGCUUGCCUACUCCGAGGGGAGGUCAACAUUUCCAGUACCCAAUCUUGACAGAAGACCAACACAUACACAAAAGGUUUGUCACCAAGAUAGCCAGAAAUAAGACCAAUGCCUUGGAACCUGACUAUAUUGCUGGCUUUUCUCCUUUCGUCAUGAAAGAUGUUAAUUCAAAAUCUGCCAUCUUAGGAGUGAGAGCUGACAAGCAGGACAUAAAAUAUUGGAUGAAACAUUACUCUAAGGGAAAAAAGAAAUAAAUUAUUUUCAUAAUCUUAUUUAUAGUUUAAUAUUUUAAUCUUAUUAAUAAAAACCAUUAAAGUU